AUGACAGUAUAAGAAAAAUAAUUUGGGUGGAAUAUUUCUGUCUGUUCAGAGCAAAUAAUUAGCAGGAAGACUUAGAAGCAGUGGUAGUUGGUGGCCUGAUGCACCAGGAACUCAUUCUGUUGGAAGCGUGAUAUCUUCUCUACGCCAAGGGAAAUGAACAUGGAGAGAGAUGACACCCGAUGGAUUUUAAAAUAUCAUAAACCCAUUUGUCCAUAUAUCUGCUCAACAAUGAAUGAUUUUGAAGAAGAAAGAGAUUUUUUGGCAAACAACAUCUUCCCUCAGCUCAAUGAAAUCUGCAGUUCCAGGGGCACGUACUUCAAAGCUGUGGACCUGAGGUUGUCAGCUGUGAAGGCCUUGAAACCUUUCCCAGAUAACCUGUUCAGACAGUAUUCUUGUCUCCACUCCCAGUAUCUGAAGCUCUGUCUCGACAACGUAAACAACUGCUUUCCCUUUUUCAUUUGCCUGCUGGGGCACACAUAUGGAGAAUUCCUUCCUGACUAUACACCUUUCCUGUUCUCCAAAGCAACAGACUUGGCAAGUUUAUCCAGAGAAGAACAGAAUCUCUAUGUAGCUGCAAAAAAUGGUUAUCCUUGGGUUCUGGAAACUCCCAACUGCAGUCUGAUAGAGUUUGAAAUCAUCCAAGCAGCCUUCCGGAAGGAAUCUCAGUUUCAGUAUUUUUACUUCCGGACUGGGAACACGCUGCUGAAGUCUUUUGUUGAGGAGAAGGAGAAGCUGGCUUCAGUUUCUCUGGCAGAUGAAGAAGAAAAAUUAAAGAUUGGCAAGCUGAAGGCCAAGAUCAUUAGCAAAGGGCUCCCUGUCAGAUUUUAUAAAGAGCUCCAUGAGUUGGGUGAGCUGGUCUUGAAGGACUGGUUGAUUGUGAUCGAAAAACUUUAUCCUUUCAGUGUGAUAACUGAAAAUAAAGACUACAAGCACAGCUUUGAACGUUUCUAUCAUGAAGAAUUUACUGAGAAAUGCAAGCAAGUGUUUGUUACUUCUAAGGAAGCAAACAGGAUCUUUGACAUGUUGGAAAAAUUUGCCUUAAAGGACGUGGAACUUGAACCUAACUCUUCACCAUCAGUGUCUAGCCUAGACUCUGUCCCUUUAUUUUCCAGAGUAAAUUCUUUUCCAGCUUACAAGUCUAUUCUGCUCUUGUCUGGAGAACGUGGCUGUGGGAAGUCCACUCUGAUUGCCAGCUGGGUGAAUUCUUUCAAAAACAAAUAUCCGAACGUACUGAUGAUCCCGUAUUUUGUGGGGAGUACCUCAGAAAGCAGUGACAUCAUGUCUGUGAUCCAUUACUUCAUCACAGAGCUGCAGCACGAAAACCACGGUACUGAUCUUGAAAUGGAUUUUCUUAGUGAAGACUCAAAUGUCUUGGUCUUUUCACUUCUUGUAGAAAUGUUCAUGGCCUCCAUCAGUUUAAAGCCAUGUAUACUUGUACUAGAUGGCAUUGAAGAAUUGAUUGGCAUUUAUGGGGUUUCAGGUCAGAAGGCGAAAGACUUUUCCUGGCUGCCUAAUGUGCUCCCUCUUCAUUGCAAGUUUAUCCUAAGCACCAUUUCCUCCAGCUUGUCCUUCAAGUCGCUCUGUGCCCGUUCAGAUGUGAAGACAAUAGAACUCUCUAGCGUGGGAGAUGAAGACACCAAGCUCAGCAUCUUCAAACAGUAUCUCUCCGUGCCCAACCAGGAUUUCUUUUGGAAGAACAAACAAAUCUGGAGGAAAAAAACAAACCUGAGCCCUUUAAAACUCACAAUCCUAGCCAAUGAGCUAAAUGAAUGCAGAAUCUAUCGAAAUGAGAUCCAGUGUAUGAGGGAGUAUUUGGAGGUAGCCUCCAUUCAGGAGCUCUGGGAGUUGAUUCUAAAACGCUGGACUGAAGACUACAGUUGGACUUUGAGCCAAAAAAAGACAAAUUCAAGCACUGUAGCUACAGAAGGGCUGGACGGCUGGUUGUCGGAUGCACUGUGUUUACUGUGCAUUGCGCACUGUGGGCUGGCUGAGGAUGAGCUCCUCCAUGUUUUGGAGUUGCUCGGUUAUAGGAAUCAUUACAGAGUGACCGCAGUACACUGGGCCGCCUUCCGCAAUGCCACCAAACAUUGGAUCCAAGAGAAGCCCAAUGGCCUCCUCUGUCUCCGGCACAAGUCCCUGCGAAAUGCUGUGGAAUACAAGCUACUUGGUGUAAUCACUCCUGUGAGAGAAAGCAGUCCCUAUACAUUUCUGAACCCAGCAAAUCAGAAAAAAAUACGUUUUCACCAAAUCUUGACGAGAUUCUUCCAGCGGCAAACCGGUUUUUGGAGAGUUUAUCAAGAGUUGCCAUGGCAUCUGAAGAUGAGCGGGUGCUGGGCUGGGCUGGGCAGCUUUCUCACCAGCCCCAGUAUCACAGACUUUAUCUCAAAGAUCCAAAGCCCCAGCUUGUGGACAAGGCUACACUUCAUCCACUACUGGAAUAUAUUGUUGGAAGCUGGUUAUGAUGCUUCGGCGGCUUAUAUGCUCUCAGUGGACAAGAUUAAAGCCGACGAGUGCCACAAGAUGAAGAAGAGAUGUACGCUGUCAGUGCUGGAAUGCAGACUUUUACAAAUUAAUGACACUGACAAAUGCCGACUGAUGCUGUUUAUUGGGAGUUUCUUGAAGCAUGUGGGCAAGACCAACGAAGCGGAAGAGCUGUUCCUGAGUGCUGAGGACAUGCUCAUGCAGAGCCCGAACACACGGGGAAUGCUACUCCAAGCUCAGAAUGCUGUGGGAGAACUGUAUCUUGAAAUUGGGAUGAUUCAGAAAGGAUUCAAGUAUUUUCAGAAGGCAUGGUCAAACCUGCUGUUUUAUUCACUCAGUGACUUAAAAGCCAGCCAUUAUUUGAUGAAGCAGAAAGUCAAAGUGCUGAAUAACCUGGCAAAGUCAGCGUCUGAGGAGUUCUUAAAAGAAAAUCACAUUUUGGAUUACGCUUUGGAAGUGUCCAAGAUAGUGAACAGCAAUCCUUAUGAUGAAGCUACCAUGAAAUACAUCGAAGGUGUUCUCAUGUUGGCUGGUGGAAAUGCUGCCGUUGCAGAAGUGAAAUUUCAAGAGUGCUUAUAUAUCAGGAGAAGUUUGUUUGGAGAGAAAAACAUGCUAGUUGGAGAAAUUAUGGAAUAUUUAGCGGAUAUGCUGUCUUUUUUACAAAAAGAUCCUGAAAAAUCCCAGAAGAAGCAAGCAACUGAGUAUUACAAACAAGUGAUAAAAAUCAAGGAGAAUGCAGACACUCUGGCCAACUCCUCACUGGUCAAGAAGCAGCUUAGCAUCAGCCUCAGCGAUACCCUGUGUAAACUAGCAGGUCAACUAUUGGCAAAUGACUUUAGCCAUCAUACCACAACCGAGGCAGUAGGCUACUUGUAUAGGUCACUUGACUUAAGGGCGACCUACCUAGGAUCUUCUCAUCCAUCAAUUCAAGGAAUCCUGCACCUUCUCAGGGAAAUUGAACGGAUGCGGGGCAAGAGAUUUUUGUCUCAGAGCAAGAGCCCGCAGUUUCAUGAAAGUUCUAAGCAUAGCUCCUCAAUGUGGGAACACUUAUAUCAAUUAAAUUACCACAGUGCCCAGAAUUUUACUACAGUGAGCUCGGCCAUGUGCACAAAUAUACGUAAGUCCCAGAAGGCUAAGAGUGUGGAGUUAACGCUUCCAAUUUCAGAUACACAGAAACAUGCUUCUAGCAAAGGGAAAAAGAUCCUGAGACACAUUCGAUGCGUUUCUGUUGAGGAAAAGACCCAAAAGAAGUCAAAAAAUAAUGCAGGAAUACAGAAUGACCCAAAAAGAGAAGCAUCAAAGAAAAAGAAAGACUAUUCCUUGAAUCUUUUCAAUGCAGACAAAACAAAUAGUGUAGUAAGGCUUUCAAAGCAAAGGAUUUUGACUGGUAGAAGUGAGAGUGGAGAAGGGCAAAUCACAAUUUACCGGCAUAACUCACCUCUUGGUACCAAUAAUCCCUGGGAAUCCAUAUCUGAGCUCAUUUCAGAAAAGUGGCUUUUUCAUAGCCCAGAUUCCAGUUUGUCUCCCCAGAAGACUAUAUUUCAGAGAAGAUCUCAAAUAGAAACCAAAUUAUUGAAAAAUCUAAAUGAUACCAAUAAGGAAUAA